GGAGACGGCGCGCAACAGGAACAGGUCCACCGUUUUUACUUUGCAGCUUGAACCUUUCAGGCGGUACCUUACAGGGCUUUUAGUGGGGCGACCACCUAAACCAUCCCAUUCUCCAAGCAUCUCCAUCUCCAUGUCCAUCUCAUCCCGUCUCCCAGGGCCCUCCACAUCCACAUCCACAUCCUAGAUUCCAGGGCAGGCAUCAAAUCGGCCGAGUUCCAUUGAUACAACUGUCGUCGCUCAAUUGUCUCUCUCUCUCUCUCUCUCCCUCUCUCAUCUCUACUCUCUUCUUUAUCUUCUUUCUCUUCUCCCAAAGGCAAAUCAUGGGAGCCGAAGUCAAGCCUGCUUUGCAGGUGAUUGUAUUGGGCUCAGGAGGCGGUCCUCAAGAAUCAAACACCACUGCUUUUCUAGUCCGAUCUGUUGCCCAAAAAUGGCAUCGUGGCUCUAUCGUCGCCGUCGAUGCUGGCGUCCAUCUCUCUGCCAUCACACGUAUCAUGGAAGAAUCGAUACCCUCUCCGCCACCUCCUCCUCCCUUCACACUCACCACUGGCCCCUUUGCAGGUCUUGAGCUACCUUACUCGUCACCUUCUGCUAAUGCAUCCCACAUCACUCGAUCUCUUGUCGACACAUAUCUCAUCACUCACCCUCACCUUGAUCACAUCUCUGGCUUUGUAGUCAAUACUGCUGGCUUCCCAGGCACAAGGCCAAAGAAACUGGCUGCUCUACCAAGCACAAUCCAAGCUUUCAAGAAUCACAUCUUCAAUAAUGUGAUAUGGCCAAACCUGAGUGAUGAGAACAACGGAGCUGGUCUGGUAACUUAUAUGCGAUUGGUUGAAGGUGGUAGUCCGACACUCGGCGACGGUGAAAGUAGGGGUUACAUCGAAGUUGCAGACGGACUCCUUAUCAAGGUUUGGAGCGUAAGCCAUGGGCAUUGCCUCGAGAAGCAUAGCCACAGGGGCUCGACGUCAAGUGCAUCUACUCGCUUCAGCAGCCAUGAUGCAUCCAUGCCACAGGGCCCCAUCGCGCGCUCAGCAUCUUACUACCCGGGAUCUAUUUCCCUGCAUCGAGGGUCACUCAUGAUCCCCCAAAACAGCUUCAGCCCUGUAACCAAUGUAUCGGAACAGGAGCAAAUUUGCGUCUACAACUCAAGCGCCUACUUCAUACAGGACCCCACCACCCACCGCGAAGUCCUGAUUUUCGGAGACGUUGAGCCUGAUAGUAUAUCGCUAAGCCCGCGGAAUCUGCAUAUUUGGCAACAAGCUGCCCCAAAGAUCGCCGCUGGUAAUCUCAAGGCUAUCUUCAUCGAGUGCAGCUACGACGAGUCGCAGGCCGAGGAUCGUCUGUACGGGCACCUGAAGCCCCGUUAUGUCAUCGAGGAGCUGCGUGCCCUGGCUCAUGAGGUCGAAGUCGAACGCAAGUCGCAUUACUCCGAACCUAAGAAGCGCAAGCGCAUGGGCAGCACGACUGACGAGACUCCACGACGAAAUCCUUCUAUCGCGAAUCUCACCUCUGAAGACCCCGUGUCUCCCAGGACCAUCAAGGCUUCGACACCUGAUUACGUUCACCCUGGUAUUGAAACACCUCCUACACCGCAUCUCGCUUCGCCGACGGCUGAGUUGACGCUCAACCCAUCUGAUUCCUUCACAUCUGUGCCAAAGAUAAAACGGCCCCUCGAAGGUCUCAAGGUUGUCAUCAUCCAUGUCAAGGAUCGACUUGAUGAUGGACCUAAUGUUGGAAACACCAUUCUGAAACAGCUGCAUAAUUUUGAGAGCGAAACGGAGUCGCCCUUGGGAUGCGAAUUUAUCAUCUCCCAUUCUGGUCAGAGCAUCUAUCUCUGAGCACUUCAUCUACAGGCGUUUGCACUUUUUUGCUUUCUCUGGCAUUUAGCCAUAUAUGAUUUCUUCUGUUCUAUAGCACCUGGCUAUAAGCUCCGUGGGCUUGUGCUACUGUUUGGGUUUAUGUUUAUUAAACAUUUUGCUUAUAUGAGGCGACGGUUUGGUUUAUGAGUAUAGCUCAGGGAAUGAAAGGUGGGCAUGUAUCACUCCUAGGGAAUUGUAUUGCAUGAUUGUCAUUUUGUUAUUAAGCCUGGUUUCCGGGCUAGUUUAUUCUAUGUAUUUGGUGUUUGGUCAUGAAUGAAUAUAUACCAAGUCUGGCUUAGUUCUUUUGCUUUUGUAUCUUUUCAACUCCCUCUUGGC